AGCAGAGCUUUCUGCUUUAGCUGCGGAGACUGGAGCAGCUUUGAGCGGAGCAGCUUCCAGUGGAGCUGCAUCGUCUGCUGCACUGUCCAGCGGAGCCGUCUCAACUGCAGCAGCAACAAGUGCAGCAGCGACAUCAGCAGCCUUCACAACACAAGCAGCUGCUAGCACCACAACACGUAAGCCUCCCAAUCCACCAACGUACCACCCACUAACCUCUCUAGCCCUCCUUCCACCAGGAGCAACCCUCUCUCCACUAUUCAACAUCUUCCUUAUUCCUUCCCAAUUCACACCCUUCGAGUACACCUUCAAUACCGGCAUGUUCGGCGGUUGGGGAAAUCCCGCUUACCUCGACUCUACAGGAAACGCCGUCGUCGCAAGCAUCUUCUCAGAUGGGACGAUACCCUACACGGUCGGUACAUAUGCCAUCAUGAACCCGGGUGGAUAUCUCGUGUCCGUGGAUCCGAAAACAUCUCUUCCUAUUAAUGGAGGACAAUCGUUCUUCGCGGAUACAUCUGCUGAGCUGAAUGAUGGGACUUAUCCCGAUUAUCUGGAUUUCGAGAAUACGUACGAUGAUGCCACCGGCGGAGACGCGAGCGGAGCAUGGAGUAUAAAUUUCGCUGGGCCGUUACCGGGUGGAGAUGGGUUUUUGUCUGGGAUUGGAGAUCCGGCUUAUACGGUUCAGCUGUCUAACAGUGGGUUGCAAAGUGGGGUUGCGAGGUUGUGUGCUGUGACGACUGCUAGUAGUGAUGGAAGAGGGGGGCUAUCGUUUGAGGACGGGCAGCCGCUUCAGAUCGCGGGGUAUACGGGGGCUUUUGGGACAGGUUGUACGGAGGUAAAUAUGUAUGCUAAAGCUAUUGAUGGAGGGGAUUUGGUUCCCAAUACUUCGUGACGAGUUUCAUAGGUGGAAUGCCAGGAUGGCGAGAAAUUCGUGCUGUGGUAGUGGUUUAGUAAAGUCUUCGGUGUGCGGGUUGAGGAUUUUCUUUUGCACUAACAAAUAAUUUCUACUUCUCA